AUGUCUACCCAGGAGCAGCAGCUCUGCCAGCUGCUCGCCGACCUACCGUCUCGAUUCCAAUACCGCUUCACAGAAGAGGCAAAGAAGGAGCUGCUGCGCAGCUUGUUUUGGUCUCUAGCCGGCGGUAGGGACGAGUACAUGCGGCUGUUAUUUCCUGAUGGAAAGCUCCCGGACACACUCAAGCUCGGCGAUGCUCAAGGCGCCCUCGAAGGCGCCGAGUACACAGAGGCAGCACGAGGCAAACGCUGCGGUCAUAUCUUCAAGUCUGGCGAAGCCUCAUACAUGUGUAGGACCUGUGGGACUGAUGAGACAUGCUGUCUUUGUAGCAGAUGUUUCGAUUCCACCGAUCAUACCGGGCACAUGGUUCGCAUAUCAAUAUCUGUCGGCAAUAGCGGAUGCUGCGAUUGUGGUGACGAUGAAGCCUGGAGGACGCCGUUGUUCUGCACCAUACACUCGGAUGUACACUCUGGUUCAAACAAGGGAAAAGGAAAAGAGGCCGCGAGUCUACCAGAAGAUAUAAUAUCCAGCAUUCAAAUGACUGUCGGACGCGCUUUUGACUAUAUAUGCGACGUCAUCUCCUGCUCGCCGGAGCAGCUUCGCCAAGCAAAGACAAAGGAAUCCAUCGAGAAGGACGAAGAACUAUCGAGGCUCUCGUCUUCUUAUUAUAACUCUACCGCCGAGCAAUGCGACGAAUAUGCGCUUAUCCUAUGGAAUGACGAAAAGCACACCGUGCAAGAAGUGGAAGACCAGGUCGCUCGCGCGUGUAGAAAAACAAGGCGUCAAGCUUCGCGAGACGCUUGGGAUACGGACUCUAUGGGUCGCAGUAUACUGACAUACAGCCGCGAUGUCAAGGAAUUGCUCCAGAUGUCACGAAUCCUAGAAGCAAUCCGAAUCACAAUUACCAUUCGAUCCGCUCGAGACACGUUCCGAGAGCAGAUGUGCGGCGCUCUUAUCGAAUGGCUGGGUGAUAUUUCCGGCUGCUCCGUGGGACCAGACCAUCACAUACUUCGCAAUACAGUUUGCGAAGAAGUCAUGAAGCCAUGGAAGCAAGGCAGUCCCGCUACACACACACUCGGGCUUAUCGACGAUGAAGACGAGGAUGACCAAUUUAUGAUGUCGAGAGCUCGACUUCAAGGUGUUAAUGCACACUUCAUUCUGGCACUUCAGGGCACAGCGGGGGCGGUAGGCAUUGACGAUGAUGAUGAUGAGUCUGACGACGACGCCCUGGCUGAGGUUGGGUUUGAUGACUUCCUGGAAGAUGAAGACGCAGAUGACAACGCGUCUCACACUAGCUCAGUAGUGAUAGCUGGUGGCGACGACGACGACGACGUCAUGAUGGUCGACGCCCGAGGUGAUGUUGGCGAUCUAAACAUGAACUGGAGUCAAUCGGAUCAAGCUUUAGAAGAGGAUGAAGCGACCAUGGCAGGAUAUCCGCCCCCGCCGCCCCCUCCUCCUGCACAGGCAACGACAGCAGCAACAGGUGCAGAGCAGGAGAGAGAAGGCACGCCAUCAGACUCAGACCCUGUCGAGGCCAUUCGUCCACCGGCCGCCUAUCCCAAAGCAAACCUCGAUAUUCCGCAAACCCCCGGCAAAACAGAAAAGGCUGUGGCACGCCCUGGUCCAUACUGGAUCGAGACACCCGCCAGUUACACUCUGCGUGAGAACGUUUCUCCUGCUGAAGAUGUUUUCCAGAGAGUGCGACUCGACUGGCUUCUCUUAUUCGACCUCCGGAUGUGGAAGAAGGCGAGAAAUGACCUUCGCUCCCUGUAUAUAUCCACUGUAGUAUCGGUACCAGAGUUCAAGCGCGUCCUAGCACUCAGGUUCGCCAGUCUCUACACCAUCCUUGCACAACUAUACUUGGUUGGUGAUAGAGAACCUGACCACUCUAUUAUCAACCUUUCCUUACAGAUGCUUACGACUCCUUCUAUCACGGCCGAGGUGGUAGAGCGCGGCAAUUUUAUGAGUAGCUUGCUGGCGAUUCUCUACACUUUCCUGACGACGCGCCAAGUUGGUCAUCCAUGGGACAUCUCUCCUGAUGCAGUCUUAGGCUUCGAAAGUGGCUCUGUGACAAAUCGACGAAUGUACCAUUUCUACCAAGACCUCAAGUAUCUUUUCGGGUCUCCCCAUGUUCAGGAGCGGGUGCGCAGCGAACCAAGAUAUCUGAUGCAAUUCCUUGAUUUGGUCAAGUUGCAUCAAUGCAUUGGUCCCAAUGUCCGCGCCGUUGUAGAGCACGUCGAAUACGAGGCCGAUUCUUGGAUUACAGCCUCUCUCGUCACACGUCAAAUCAAUCUUCAAGCACGAAACCUCGCCGAGGCUUUCAGAGACUGCCCCCAAGAUGAGACUGCUUAUCUUCAGCGUGCCAUCCGUUUCACCGCUAAGACGGUCAUCCUCAACUCUAUUGGUGCUGACCGCCUAAGAUUCAAGCACGGUGAAAUCAAGGAAGAGGUGAAGUUCAAGACUCUUGAUGACUUCGAAUUUGACUUCGACUCAGCGGCGUACCAAGUCGUCCAAUUUGUGGUGGAGAAAGACCAAAUCAGCUUCCACCAUGCCCUACAUUACACCCUGUCCUGGUUGAUUGAGUGUGGCCGAUCUUUAUCCGCCUUUGAUAUCAACAAAUUGAUGAGCUUCACUCUGCAAGAGCUCAAGGCGAAGCCAAGGCUAAUGGGGCGACCGCAGGUCCCAAAAACUAAUUAUACAGCGGAAGACUACCUAAUGGCUGCCUUUGAUUACCCUUUAAGAGUAUGCGCCUGGCUGGCACAAAUCAAAGCCAACAUGUGGGUUAGAAACGGUAUCAGCCUACGGCACCAAGCGAGCACCUACAAGGGUGUAUUGCAGCGAGACGUUUCCCAUCACCGCGAUAUCUUCUUGUUGCAGACUGCCAUGGUUAUCUGCAACCCGAGUCGAGUUCUUGCCUCAAUAAUUGAUCGCUUUGGCAUGGAGAAGUGGGUAAAAGGCCUGUUUGAACUCAAGUCAGAAGCGCAAGACGACAAUCAACAUCUUGAUGUUGUGGAAGAUAUGGUUCACCUUCUCAUUGUGCUCCUCAGUGAUCGCACAUCAUUGAUUGCUAUUGAGGAUGAGCCUAACUCUCGCAUGCUGGCAAUGCGUCGGGACAUCACGCACGUGCUGUGCUUCAAGCCACUUUCUUUCAACGAAAUUUGCAACAAGCUACCUGAGAAGUACCAAGAGCAAGAAGAUUUUCACAACGUCCUGGAUGAAAUGGCCACUUUCAAACCUCCUGAAGGUAUCUCCGAUGUGGGCACGUUCGAGCUACGACCAGAAUUUAUCGAAGAUAUUGACCCAUACAUUGCACACUACAACAAGAACCAACGGGAAGAAUCUGAAACGGCAUACCGCAAAAAGAUGGCUAAGAAGACUGGCAAAUCAGUGGAAGAAAUCGUCUAUGAGCCAAAGCAUCGCCCCAUCCCGUCCGGUCUGUUCAAAGACUUGGGUCAAUUCACAGGAACUGGCAUGUUUGCGCAAAUUAUUUACUACUCGCUGCUGUACCCUUUGGUAGCCGAAAGAUUCACGCCGUUGGUUCCUGUUACAAGACUCGAGACGUUCUUGCAGGUUGUUUUGCAUCUCAUGCUAAUUGCCAUACACGAAGACAACUCGAGUGAGGAGGGUCAUACUGGUGAUGAGCCCAGCUCUUUUGUACACAUUGCGCUCACCAGGACGUCCAGAGGAAACUUCAUGCCUGACGCCCACAGUGCCAGAACUAUUGUGUCCCUUCUGCACGUCCUGUCCACCAAAGAAGCUUUCAAGUCUUCUCAUCCCAAGAUCUCGUUGGUGCUGAAGCGACUGAAGCAGCGUCGCCAAGGUGCCUUCCAAGCAUCUCUUGUCCACCUUGGAAUCACCGUUGACCGGGUCGAUACCGCAUCACCUGCCAACGCUUCCGCAGAUGAGGAGCGAGAGAGACGAAAGAAAGCGGCCCUUAACCGCCAAGCAAAGGUCAUGGCCCAAUUCCAGCAGCAGCAAAAGAGCUUCAUGGAAAACCAGGGCGAGAUUGAUUGGGGCUCCGAUCUGGAGGAAGACGAACACCUGCAGCCUGCCGAGGAUCGGAAACAUAACUGGAAGUAUCCUACUGGUACUUGCAUCCUGUGCCAGGAAGAAGCCGAUGAUCGUAAACUUUACGGUACAUUCGCGCUGUUAAAUAACAGCCGUAUCCUCCGACAAACCGACUUCCAAGACCCCGAGCUAGUUCGGGAGGCGUCUCAGACGCCGUGCAGCCUGGAUCGUUCUGCUGAAGACAUUCGCCCCUUUGGAAUUGCUCGAGAGAACAGAAAGAUGGUAGAGAAGCUCAAUUCCGAGGGCGAAACGUUCUUAGCAGAGCGGCAAACGAUUGGAAAGGGUUUCGACGCAAAAUUCUCUCGACCUGGACCUGUGGCCAGUGGAUGUGGACACAUGAUGCACUUCCGCUGCUUUGAACAAUACUAUGACGCCACAAACCGCAGGCACACUCAUCAGAUUGCGCGCCAUCACCCAGAGGACACUCGUCGAAAUGAAUUCGUCUGUCCUUUGUGCAAAGCUCUUGGCAACGCAUUCCUUCCCAUUGUCUGGAGGGGCUUAGAAGAGAGCUAUCCGGGCUAUCUCCAGCCUCAAGUGUCAUUUGGAGAUUUCCUGGCUAGACAGAUGGGAUCUGCAUACUGGCUGGGGGGGAGUAAGGCGCCUGAGCUUGAUGAUUCCAAUCUUCCAGCCCUUUAUACUCCUAGUGUUCCCGGUAGCCUCGUCGAAACGAUGGCCCAACCGCAGAUCAAUCCGGACGCACUAUGGGGUCAAGAACAAACUGGAGCAUCUCUCGAUGCAGCAGGAGAAGCAUCGGCUGCGUCAGGAGAAGCACAUGCCCCCUUUGGCCAUGCACUUCCGGCGGCGAGCAACUCGCAACUCAUCAGUGAAUUGAAAUCUGCAUACCGCCGACUAAGAGAGACGCUUCGACUCAAUGACCUGGACGCCCGCCACGUGGCUGACACAAAGGCGGACGAUAUGGAAGAGUUUCACUUGAACGGUACGCUUGUUCACUCUGUGGGCUAUUCCAUUUCCUCUGUGGAAAUCCAGCAGAGAGGCACAGAAGCGCAGCCAGGAAUGACGCUGCUAGAAAAGAUUCCGGAGCAAACCCUCACCCACCUCCGCGUUUUGUCCGAGACUGUCUCAUCGUUCAUGUCCGUAAUGGCCCGCUCGGAACAACAGAUAGAGGCCGAGUUCAACAAGGACUCGGAGCGCCAGCACUGCCAGCUCUUUAUGUCGCGCUACUUUGGUACAGGUACGCCACAUGCUCGCAGGCCACUGGAUGUAUACCCACCGCUUUUAAGCAUGGAUCCUUUCAUUUUCCUGGUGGAAUGCUCCUACGGCUUCGUCCACGCGCAAACUGUUGAAAUUUCGCAUGUUUUGAGGCUGUGUUACCUUGCUGAGCUUGUCAAGAUUGUCUUCCACAUGGGUCGAAACAUGCCGGCCACCAUGUGGCUAGAGAACCUCACCAAUAGGCAAACACAAGAUCCAGCCAUGAAUAAUUUUGCAGAGUUCGCGCUGAGCGUUACAAAGAAUGCACUGGAAUUUCAGGCUCUCACUUCCGCAGAUGAGACUGAGAGCGGAGAGCACCUUGGUUUCCAGCAGCCUGGCGUGGACUCUCUUGAAGGCUGGUAUACUUUUGCCAAGAAGUACGCCCUCACAUUCUUGCGCAAGUCAUUGAUAUUUCUCUACGUUAAAUAUGGGGUGGACUUCAACAGCCACGUCUCUCCCUCGGUCGACGCCGAUGAGCUUGACCGGUUAACGGAGGCGUUGCGCAUUCCCUCUUUUGACGAGAUGUGUGCAGCCCUGACCCCCAAUGCCGGGGCUUGCGGCUGGCCAGAGACUACGCAGGCACUUGUUUCUGGAUGGGUUAAGCACCAGGUCAUGUGGCCACGAGCAUACAAUGAAGUGCCGCGUUCAGGCAUGAUGAGCCACCCGGGCAUUUUCGAACUCAUCGGCCUGCCCAAGACCUAUGACACUUUGAUUGAGGAGGCAACUAGAAGCCGCUGCCCGACCACUGGCAAGGACCUGACAGAUCCUGUUCUGUGCAUGUUUUGCGGAGCACUCUUCUGCAGUCAAGGCACCUGUUGCCAGCGUACAGAUUCUUCUGACAGAGAAUCAACUAGACUUGGAGGAGCCCAGCAGCACAUGCGAAAGUGUCAGCAAAAUAUCGGCGUUUUCCUCAAUAUUCGAAAAUGCUCCAUCAUCUACCUCUUCCGACGCUCUGGAUCCUUUACACCAGUACCAUAUAUCGACAAAUACGGUGAGACUGAUCCUCAGCUACGCCACGGGCGACAGCUCUUCUUGAACCAAAAGCGAUAUGACUCCAUGAUUCGCAACACAGUUUUGAAUCACGGCGUGCCAAGCUUGAUCAGCCGUAAACUGGAGGCUGAAAUCAAUAACGGCGGAUGGGACACUCUGUAA